GAGGGGAAGAGCCCAUGGUGCUGAUAGGACACGGGCUGAGGUAACCAGCAGCACCAGAGAGGGGGCAGUGGGCGGGAGAGCAGAGGAAGAGAGGGAGGGUGUCUGUGACCUGUGACCCGCAGUAAUCUGCUGCAGGAAUGACAGGCAUUCGCUCCGGAGCCCAGGCUGGACACCGAGCAGGGCACAGCUAGCGCGGGAGGACAUGAAAGCCUGGGAUUACUUCUGCCGGGAAUGCACGGACAGCGGAGCCUGAGAGCUGCCUGAGGGCUGGACAAAGGGCCGCUGCUGGAAGAGAAGCCAUGGGCCAGACCUCCGUAUCCACUUUGUCUGGGCAGACGAGCAGCGUUGAUGGUUUGGACAAAACCUCCGUCGCAAACUGUGAUGCUCCAAACACAGGCAACCAAUCACCUCCUCUGAAGAGAAAAGGAAGGCUUUCAUCCAUAGGCAAAAUUUUCAAGCCAUGGAAAUGGAGAAAGAAGAAGGCUAGUGAAAAAUUUCGUGAGACCUCAGCAGUAUUAGAGCGCAAGAUAUCCAUGAGACACAGCCGUGAAGAGCUUAUAAGAAGAGGAGUUCUCAAGGAAAUUCCAGACCACGAUUGUGAUGGUUCAUUAAAUAUGGGAACCUCAAAUGGUCAUACUGUGCCAAUCAGUGAGGAGACACCAAAUGAACAGAAACCCAUAACUGGAAAUGGAGCGAUAGCAUCAAAAGCAACUGCGGUAGAAGAGAAGAAAGAUGAUAAGAAAGAAAGAGGUCGUGUGUGUCCAGAAUUGCCACCACCUCCCGCUCCACCACCUCCCAAACAAAAAAAAAAUAUUGUCCCUCACAAAAAUGUAGCCACUGCAGGCACCCAUAAGAAAGGUGAGGCAACUACAAAACAGACUGCAGGUGGCACUAGUAAGCAGCCACCAGCCACUCUUCCAAAGUUGACAAACCGAGCAGCCUCCCGCAGCAUUGAGAACACAGAGAAGACCAUGGGAGCACCCGAGACCAAACCAAAAAGAACAGCCACACCUUCAAAAAGUUCUGCUGCUGCUUCUGCUGGGCAAAGCCAUAAGAAAGAUGAGUCUGCCAACAAAAAAUCAGCCAAAAGCAUUUCUAAACAGCUGUCUGCUCCUACAAUAAAAACUACAAAUAGAGGUGCCACGCAGGAGAGUGCUGCUUCUUCUAACAAAAAACCUGCUGCAACUAAGACGGCUUCAUCCACGCUGACAUCAUCCCGCUCCCGAACUUCAAAGGAGCAGAUAUCCAGUAAAACAGGCACAUUGAGCACUCCACGCGCCAAAAAAUUGCCCAGCAAAACUUUAUCUGGAUCCGUAGAUGGCACGUGUCAACCAGUGUUGUCUCAUUCUACUAGCAGUUCAGGCCAAAAGAAAGUGGACAGGACAGACCAAGUAAAACGUCAUUUGGACUCUGAGAACUCAGAGACAAGCCUCAAAGAUCAUUCUGUCACUGAACUGCAACCCAGCCCCAAGUCCACUUCCCCUGUUAUAAACCAUCAAAUGAAACCAAAAUGUAACACAGCAGUUCCAACCCUGGAGGUGAACCAGUCUGAUCACAUUGCUGGUGACCGUGAGGACACACAGACCCAAGAAAAUGACAACAGUGUAACAGAAGAUGAGGGGGCAUCAUGUGUUACUGAAGAAAAUGUACCUGGUGAAAUACCUGUGGAAAGCCAAGAAGACCUAUCAAGUCUGAGAAGUCAAGAGACGACAGAUGAACCUUCAGAUAUUUCAGUCAAUCCUGAUGGGGAAAGUGAAGGCAAAGAAAGCCAGACCAGUGACUCUGACUCAGAUGGGCCCAUCCUUUACACUGAUGAUGAUGACGAUGAUGAUGACAGCACAGAAAGUACCUUAGCAAGUAAAAUCCGUAGGAGAGAUACACUUGCCAUAAAACUUGGCAACAGACCAACUAAAAAGGAUUUAGAGGACAAGAACAUUCUACCACGUAGUUCUGAAGAAGAACGCCAAGAGCUCUGGCAGCAGAUUGGAACAAAAUUAGUGAGGAGAUUAAGUCAAAGGCCAACUAGUGAAGAACUGGAACAAAGGAACAUCUUAAAGCAAAAGAAUGAAGAAGAGGAACAGGAAGCAAGAAGAGAACUGAAGCGAAGACUGACUCGGAAGCUCAGCCUGAGGCCCUCAGUGGCUGAACUGCAGGCCAGACGUAUCUUGCGCUUCAACGAAUAUGUAGAGGUUACUGACUCUCUGGACUAUGACCGCCGCGCCGAUAAACCCUGGGCAAGGUUAACUCCUGCGGACAAGGCUGCUAUACGGAAAGAACUAAAUGAGUUUAAGAGUACAGAAAUGGAGGUGCAUGAAGAAAGUCGCCAGUUUACAAGAUUUCACCGUCCAUAGGAGGAGUAUGAAGAAUGUAUAAGAAUCCAGGCCACACUGGAGAAAUGUAUCUUCCUUGAGUGCUCUGAAUUUCCUCAGUUUGUGCCCAUUUUUGAAGUCUUAGUAUAUGAGAACCAGACUUGGCUACACUGAAAACGCACCAGUCUUUGCUUUUAUGCUCUCAUUUUUCCAGUUAAUAUUCCUCUUGGACUUUAAUUUGGUUUUCAAUAUGUGGCCAGACAAUCAAGUAUUAUAAAUUAUUUUAAAGGAAAAGAACAAUGCCUUAAACUCACACAGCAGCGAUGGGCUAUUUGACAAAUCGCCAUGUUGACUUGAGCUAUUCCUUUUUUUGCCGUAUGAGAAUUGCCUACUUCCUGCAAACUUCCCAGCGCCAAAACUAAAGCUGCUUUACCCCAUGAUGGUUACUUAACAUGUAUGUCGAAUAAUAAGCCGUGGAUGACAACUACUGGCUGACAUUUUUCUCAGAGAAUAUUUUAAAACUCUGAUUCUCCUAUCGGAGGGAACAUUAAUCUAUGAAUCCAUCUUGGAUAGCUGUAUCAAUUAGUUUCUUGAUAAAACAGGUUUUCUUUGCAGGGUUGUGUCUUUACUAUUGAAACAGGAAAUGAAGGUUACAGGAGCCAACCCACAUUCCUUUGUGACUGCACUGAAGAAAUGGGAUUUUUUCCAACCCAGCAAGAUGUCUUGAAUAGCAGGUGAAGGCUAUGACACUAUGUCUAAACGUGAAAUGAGACUAAUACGACAAUCCAGCCACUGACGCUGAACACUAACUAGAUGGGUAGAUCAGAAGGCAGACAUAUUUGCUGGAUGCAUAUGUUUAUAUGAUUAAAUAGCUAGCACUUAAUUGAACAGAAUAUUUGCAUGUACAGGAUCGUUGCACUGGAUACCAUAAGUAUAUGAAAUGGUGUCAUCUAGUCAGCCCAUGUCACCCUCCAUGCACAUUCCCUCCAUACACCUCCUUCCCCCAGCACUGUAUUACAUGAGGUCCUCUGUCCUCACCUCUGCCUCAGUUAGUUAAUGUUCUGUCUUUCAAGGAUCAACACCCCAGAGAAAUGCUAAAUAUGAGAACACUGAACAGCAAAGCAGCACAUCUCAGCACUCUUACAUGUACAUGAUGUAUGUCAGAAAUGUCCAGAGGGUCAGUCUCUUAAUGGAUUAGCAGCUAAGUGCACUUUAUGUCAAUAGGAGGAGAGGUUUUUAAGACGUUGCAGGAAUUCGGAAAUAACCUAAAAGCUAUGGACACCUUUGGAGGCAUUUAUUAUUGCAUUCCACUCAUUUUGGGCUCAAAAAAUAAUUUGUGUGUUUUUUUUUUUUUAACAUUUCCAGCAGUUCUUGUACUACAGGGGUUAAUUGAGAGUGUAUCUGCAGAAUGUCAGUUUCUAGCAGAGCUGUCUGCUCUGUAGCCAUGUUUAAACUCUUGAUUCAUCUCAGUUCAGUUUCAGGAGAUCACACAUAAGGGAUUCACAUGAGCCGUCAGAUGACUGGAUUCAUUGUAAACACAGAACCUGCUGCUCUGCAAAUACACAGAUUACACAGUUAUGCUAGGAAAAUGGCUGACAUUUUUUUUUUUUUUAAUAAAGACCAAUUGAAAAAAAUGAUUUUUACCCCAAAAUAAGUAGAGCCAUUUUUUUUUAUUGCCCCCAAAGGUGUCCACAGCCUUUAAAGUAAAAAAAUGUUUUUUUCUAAUUUGACGAGUCCCAAGAAUUUUGGGAAUUGAUUUGACACCAUCAGAAGAUUUAUUUUUUUUGCCUCUUAAGUUUUAAACUUAUAGAACAGGUACAUGAUAAAGAAGUAUGCAACAUUAUACACUGUUAGGAUGGGUUCACUGUUAGAUUAUUAAUGGUGUUUCUGUGCAGUUUUAGGGCACCUUCACAGAUUUUGUGGCAGAAAAUUCAACGACUGAAAAUCUGUUCCAUUCAUGUAAAUCGGGCAAGCAAGCACAUGGAUUUCUGCAACCUCCAUUAAGGUGAAUGGAAACAAAAAAAUUGUGGGAAAACACCAUCUCUAGAUUUCAGCUAAAAGUCUAUGGGAAAUAUGAAAUGCAGACCAAAUUUAUGAGUGUAGGAACCUAAGUGUGCUGCCAUACAUAGUUUGGCGUUGUGCAUUAUUUCAGCCAAUAAAAGCCAAAAAAAAAAAUUGUAAUGUAUUAUAGGCAUAUUGGAGAUAUUUUUGCCCACACCGUGUGUUUUACCACCUAUAUGCCUUGUAUGUUGUAAAUAGAAAAAUAAGUAAUGUCACUUCCUCUGUAGAGGAACACGCCAUAAAAACACAUCACACAUUGGCACUUGCAAAUUUGCAAGCAGGUCAGAAAACAAUGGUAGGGUGGGUUCACACUAGCAUUAGGUAUUCCCUUAUGGCUUUCCGUUAUAACUGAAAAUAACGGAAUCCAUAAGACAGAAGGACGGAUCAGUUCUUCUGCCCAUAGACUUGUAUUA